AUGAAACAAACUGUAAUGUAUUCACAACUCCAACCAUGGAGUUCAAUUGGAGUAUCUCCUUACAUGGAACAAGUCUCAGGAUCACUAAUCCCGCCAAGGAUUGAAAAGUUGUAUAAGACACCUCGACCUCAUCCAUGGCGUCCUACUUUAGGCUAUGAGACUAUUCAAGUAAAACCCUUACCUUCACAAACAAUUACCAAUCAACUGGUUGAUCCUUGCUAUGUACCUCCUGGUAUGAUUACUAAACCUUUAGAGUUUCCAAAUCUCGUCACAGGAUUCAAUAAGCAUCCUUCUCAUGCUGCACGUGUUGCUUUAUAUACUCGACACACUCCAGAUGAGUGGAAACAAAAAGACGUGCAGUUUCGUAAUGAAAUAAAUUCCAGCUGUAAUCAUUCUAAUCAACUCAGAGAAUCUGCAAUCCGAGUUGUGAGGGAAACAGAAGAAAAAUUGAAUCAAGGACAAAGAGAAUCUUCUCAAUUAUUAGGCCAGAGAAUAACUGAUAUUGGCUUUUGGGAACGAGAAUUAGCAAACGAAUUAGAUAAAAUAAUUAUAGAAAAUAAUAAGAUGCAAGAAUGUAUGAGAACACUUCAGCGUGCAAUUCAAGAUAUUGAAGGUCCUUUGCAUGUCGCUGAAGAAUGUCUAUAUCAUCGUGAAAAACGACAAGGAUUAGAAUUAAUUCAUGAUGAACCUGAACAAACUUUAUUUAAUGAAAUUGAGGUCGAAAGAAAUUGUCAAAAGAAGUUGAAAGUUUUUAUAGAUAAAUGUACAGAGCAACUCAAAAAUGGUCGAGCAGUUCAACAUGAGAUUGAAAUAAACAUCAACAAUAAGAACUUAGCUCUUGGAAUUGACACAAUGUGUCAUCAGUUAAAUGUUUACAGUCCAGGGUUACAAUAUUAUAAAGGUGUUGAAAGCUACGAUUCAUAUAACAUUGAUGGAGAAUCUUGGGUUGAAGCAUCCAAUGCCAUCGUUAAGAAAUCUCAACUGAUCCGAGCUCAAUCUGGUCAACUCCAAAAUGAUAUCACCACAAAAAUAAAUACAGUAUCACAUGAAUUAUGGAAAGCUUGGAGUCUCACUAAUAAUGCCCUUGCAAGACGAGUUAUCGAAAUUUCUGAAGCAAAAAGAAAGCUCUUAAUUUAUCUAAAAAAUAUCCAGCAUGAAAUUUUUGCAGUUGAGAGAAACAUUCAACUUAUCACCAAGGCCAUUGGAGACAAAAGUGCAGCUUUAAAAGUUGCUCAAACUCGUCUUGAAGCAAGAUUACAUCGACCGCAAGCAGAAUCAUGUAAAGAUGCAGCACAAUUAAAAUUAUCUGAGGAAGUUGAAUCAAUAAAACUGAUGGUUGAUGAACUACAUAUUAAGCUCCAAGAGUGUGAGGCUCAACAUCAACAGCUACUCCGUACCCGAGUGAAUCUUGAAGAUGAUCUUAAAGCUAAAAUGGAUGCUCUUUAUAUCGAUAAUGAAAAAUGUAUGGGAUUGCGAAGAAGUUAUCCAAUAAUAAAUAAACUAAAUCAUUAA